AUGGCGGCGAUGCAGAUGGCGGCAGUGGAGGAGCAAACGGGAGUAACGAUGGAUACGUUGACGAACGUUGACGCCCAAUCUUCGGAACAACCCGAGCAAAGGCGACAGCGGCAAAGUGACGCUCUAUUUGAGGAGUUGAUAAGGACUAUUGAUAAUCUAGAUGAUACAAAUGAGGCACAUAUGGCGCAGGUUCCGCUUGAUGAUGAUGAAAGGGCGGAGGGUGAUCUAGUAGUUGUGGAUGUGGAUGCCCAACGAAAUGCGCUUGACCGUACACUAAAUUCGGUACUGGGGACCGGGAACUUGAUUGUGCUGUUGGGCCUAAUGAGGUCUAGGAAUGCAUCACUAGGCCUGGGAGAUAUUGAUGCAGACGUUUUGAGAGACCUGCAACUGCGGCUAGGAAACGAAAUAGGGGGAUCAGAUCAGCCGGGGCGGCAAAGACAAAUUGGGCAGAUCCAAGAGGUGGCGGAAAAUAGUGAAGAUGGUUUAGAUGACGCUGCGGGAAACAGCGAAGUUGGUCCCGAUGAUGCUGCGGAAAACAUCAACUCCAAUGUUGAUCAUAGCGAUGAUGCAGCUGACGAGGAAGACCCAGCCGAACCCGUAGAGGCCGGUGUUGCUUCGGGUCUUAAUGCGAGGCCCUCGAAAUCUACAGGCCAACGUUGUGGCAGGUUCCUAGGGAGAGUUUGUAGCACCAUUAGUAAUGGUGUUAGUAAUAUAAUAGGUUGGUCGCGGGGGCCGGAAAUAGGAAAUAUAAGACCGGAACAGCGAGAUUUUAGGGAGCCGGUUGAGGUUGACUUUGCAGGAUCUGGUUGA